AAAGCAAUGAGUGGGCAAAGCAUACCACCACGGCACCACCCAGGUAGAGAUGAGUAAAGGCAUAUAUAUAGGACCCCGGGUUUCAGAGCAUCGUUCAUUCAUCCCAGUACAACAAACCCAAUCUGGAGGCAUAGGACACUUGGCUUCGGAGUAUAUCAUUCGUUCAUCGGCCCCCAGCAGACCUCGUCCACAGAGGUGCCCCUGGCCUGCAUUGAUGACGACUGUUAGCACUACUGACUACCCUUCCGACACAAUCAGCUGUGGAGGCUAUGGACAUGGGUGGAGCAAAGAACAAAUGCGAGGCCAUCAGGGUGAACAAGCUAAUGUUCAAGAUUCGGGGGCCACCACAACUGGCAGCACGGCGCCCGGCUUUGCCACUAACAAAAAAUCCGAAUAUUAUGGUGGGGGUUAUGGUACAUUCGCUAAAAAUGGUGGGGGUUAUGGUGGCAAACAAUCCGAAUAUUCUGGGGCUUAUGGUGGGCGCCGCGGCACAGCUGGCAGCAUGGAGAGUUGCUAUUCGUCGUAUUAUGGUGGGGGUUAUGGCGAUUUCAGAUACGACAAUGGCUAUGGAGCUUUUGGUCCCUACGCGUACGGUUUAGGAUUUGGUGGGAACCCGCACGACUUGGGCAAGCUGAAGACCCGAUACCAGCAGCACAUCCAGGAGAUGACGUCCUACCGCAAGCACGUGAAUGACCGUGAAAGCAAAACCGUCGACACCAACACGACGCCGCUAAAGCAGCUGGCCACUGUAUAUGGGCAGGGUCGCAGGGAGUAUCCCAUGACCUCGUCGACGUCGUCGUCUGCAAGCGGGUGGUGGAGAAGUGUGCCGGUGGAGUAAUAACAAUUAGUUAAGUGUUAUGACAAGUUUAAUUUAUCGAAUAAUUUCAAUCACUAAAGUUCUAGUGUGAUAGCUGCUAGAUUAAAAUAUUCAGAAACUAUGGAUUUUGAACACCCUCGUCCCUCUUUUUUAUUAAAAAAAAUGCAUAGCAUGAGUGUGUAUGAAGAAAUGGACAUAUACUUAUUCUUGCCUGCAUUUGAGGCACC